AUGACACCCCAUGAAGCCGUCUAUGGGAAACCUCCUCCUGUAGUAUCUUCUUAUAUACCUGGUACUACUGCAGUGGAUGUCGUGGACACCAUUCUUAGGGAGCGUGAUGCCAUCCUCCGUCAACUCCAUCAGAAUUUUCAAGUGGCACAAGAUCAUAUGAAGUACUUUGCAGAUAAACACCGCACGGAAAGGGAAUUUCAACCGGGAUACUGGGUUUAUCUUCGCUUGCAGCCUUAUCGACAAGCCACAAUGCGUAAUCCUCAACACCCCAAACUUGCUCCUCGCUUCUAUGGUCCUUUCCAGGUCCUCUCCCGAGUUGGCACAGUCGCAUACAAGCUGCAACUUCCGGGACCUUCUCGUAUCCACAAUGUUUUUCAUGUCUCCUUGUUGAAGAAGAAGUUGGGUUCAAAUGUCUCCCCUUCUCCUACUCUUCCUCCCAUGACAGAUGGCCUAGUUCACUGGAUGCCAGCACAGAUUUUGAAUAGAGGAUUAAUCAAACGGAAGAAUAAACCAGUUACACGUUGGCUCAUUCAAUGGGAGGGACUCCCAACCGAAGAUGCCACCUGGGAGGAUGCCUCUGAUAUCCUAACUCGUUUCCCUUCAUUUCAAACCUGA